UUAGUAGAAAUCCGAGCUGUCAGUUUAUCAUUGGAAGGUGGAAUCAGUGCAAGGCUGGACUGCAACGCGUUACAUUAGACCAAAGCAAAUUGCCGUAAUCCAACUGCGGAGUGUGCGUCUAGGCAUAGGCAUCAUACUCUGUCAAAUGCGGUAGUAGCUCCGGUCUGGUCACCGACUUGCCGUUCGCCAUUGUUGUCUCUCUCCUUUCUCUCCAUUUGUCUCCGUUAUCUCUCUGUAGAUCCAAAUUCCCUUUUUCCAUCGUCACAAACUGCCUGAGAGCACGAUACUCACGUGGAUCCAUCAAGUUCUAGAUCGCAUUUCUUGAGGCUUGUUUCUCUAGGGUUUUUUGAUCUCUCUUUGAAGUUUUUGAUGCUCUAAGUCUAAAUGCUUCUAAGAUCUUGAAUAUGGAUUCGCAGCCUUCCCAAUCGGGAAGGUCCCCGCCAAUUGAAGAAUCUCCCACCCAUGCCAGUAACGUCAUCUCCUCCUCCUUGACGAAAUCGAAUUCAGAUGCUAGUAGCCAGAGCUUUUCAUCCAUCCUCAACAACCCUCACGUGGGCAAAUCAGAUUGGUGGUGGUCCUCAUCCUCCUCCACCAACGUCGCCCCUCCCGAGUUCGCGCCCUUGAUCUCCUCAUCCGACGUUUCACGAUCCGAUUUCCAGAGCUAUUUGGCUUUGAUUUCGGAGUCCUAUCACCGAUUCGAGGACAUCCUAAACCACGCGAACAAAGAGAAUGUGGAUUUGGAGAACAUCGGCGGCCAAGGCGAAGCUCUCGUCGCGUGCCUGCGAGAAGUUCCGGCCCUGUACUUCAAGGAGGAUUUCGCGUUGGAGGACGGGGCCACGUUCCGCGCUGCGUGUCCGUUUUCAAACGUGACGGAGAACUUGGUGCUGCAGGAGAAGCUGUCGCACUACCUGGACGUGGUGGAGUUGCACCUAGUGAAGGAGAUCUCUCUGCGGUCCAAUUCCUUCUUUGAGGCUCAGGGGCAGCUGCAGGACUUGAAUGUGAAGAUCGUGGAAGGUUGUAGUCAGAUUUUGGAGUUGAAGGAGACGAUAAGGCUCUUGGAUGUGGAUUUGGUGGAUUCCGCCAGGCAGAUUCAGGACUUGAAUGCCACAAGGAACAACUUGUUGGCUCUUCAGCAGAAAUUAAGGCUUAUAUUAUACGUCAACCAGGCUCUGUCGGCUCUUAAAUUGCUUGUUGCAUCUGCAGAUUGUGCUGGAGCUUUGGACAUCACUGAUGAUUUGCAGCAUUUGCUGGAUGGGGAUGAGCUUACAGGUUUACACUGCUUUCGUCACCUACGAGAUAAUGUAGCAGCUUCAAUAGAGUCCAUAAACAGCAUUCUUUCAGCAGAAUUUAUGCGCGCUUCAAUACAUGAUGCUGGAGAUUCAGACGUUGUAAUUUUGUCCCAAGUGAAAGCAAGGGCUUCCAUUCCGACAAAUGGAAAAGAUGAUGAUCAGGUUAAGUUGGAUGAAGAAGAGACCACUAAUUUUCAAGAUCGACUUCUUCCCAUCAUAAUUGGAUUGCUCAGAACUGCAAAGCUACCUUCUGUGUUGAGGAUCUACCGAGACACGCUUACUGCUGAUAUGAAAACUGCUAUUAAGACUGCAGUUGCAGAGCUGCUUCCCAUCCUCCUCCUCCGGCCAUUGGAGUCAGAUUUCACCACUGGAGAACGAACAGCUGAUUCUGAUGGUGGAGGUGCAUCGCUUGCCAGCAAGUUGAGGAGCCUAUCAUCUGAAAGCUUUGUUCAACUUUUGAGUGCUAUUUUCAAGAUUGUACGGACACAUUUAGUGCGGGCUGCUGAAGUGAAAAAGGCCAUUGAGUGGAUCAUGUCCAACAUUGAUGGUCACUAUGCUGCCGAUUCAGUUGCUGCUGCAAUUGCGCUUGGUGCUGCAACUGCAGAAACACAAGACAGUGAGGGUCAGCGUGGUUCGCUUUUACCAUUUUCACCUCAGAGAGCUGCUAAGGUUCCUUCACUUCAGGGAAAAUCAAAUGAGACCAUAAGUCCCUCAAAUAUGUCGAGAAAUUUCAGGGCUGAUGUAUUGCGGGAGAACACAGAAGCUGUUUUUGCAGCUUGUGAUGCUGCUCAUGGAAGAUGGGCAAAGCUCCUUGGUGUCCGUGCUCUUCUUCAUCCUAAGUUGAGAUUACAGGAGUUUUUAAGCAUAUACAACAUCACCCAGGAGUUUAUAACUGCUACAGAGAAGAUUGGUGGAAGGUUGGGAUAUAGCAUACGUGGAACACUGCAGUCUCAGGCCAAAGCCUUUGUCGAAUUCCAGCAUGAAUCUCGUAUGGCAAAAAUUAAGGCAGUGCUUGACCAAGAAACAUGGGUGGAAGUCGAUGUUCCUGAUGAAUUUCAGGCCAUUGUCGCUUCAUUUUUUGGUUCUGAAGAAUUGGUUUCUGAGAACCCCCAUCAUGCUGAAAAUAAUGUGGAAACAAGCUCUAGUGAAGUGAUCAUAAACAAUGAUGGUUCACUCAUUACAGAUACUGGACCACUGAAAUCUCAACAGAAAAUUGAUCAGACUAAGAUUAGUGGAAUAUCUAUUGAGAAUUUGGAAGAAAUGAAAUCUAUUCCUUUGGCUCAGGGCAUUGAAAAAAAUAAAGCUGAUACCACAACUUAUUCGGCUCAUAAUAACAAUAGUAAAAUGGAGCAUGGAAAAUCUACCUCUCAUACUCUUAUGUAUAAAGGUGUUGGUUAUCACAUGGUAAACUGCGGCUUAAUAUUGCUGAAGAUAUUGUCGGAGUAUACUGAUAUGAACAACUAUUUGCCAGCAUUAUCUUCAGAAAUUGUUCAUCGUGUUGUUGAAAUUUUAAAAUUUUUCAAUACAAGAACAUGUCAGCUUGUUCUUGGUGCUGGUGCCAUGCAGGUGUCUGGUCUGAAGUCUAUCACUUCUAAACACUUGGCCCUGGCGAGUCAAGUAAUUGGUUUUACAUAUGCUACUAUCCCCGAUAUCAGGAGGAUUCUUUUUCUGAAAGUACCAGAGACACGGAAAGCAUUGUUGGUGUCAGAGAUUGACCGAGUUGCUCAGGAUUUCAAAGUUCACCGAGAUGAAAUACAUACAAAACUUGUUCAGAUAAUGAGAGAAAGGUUAUUGGUUCAUUUGCGUGGCUUGCCUCAAAUUGUUGAGAGCUGGAAUAGACCUGAAGAUUCGGACCCACAGCCCAGUCAAUUUGCCCGUGCCCUUACCAAGGAAGUUGGAUUUCUUCAACGUGUUUUAUCUCGGACUUUACACGAGGUAGAUGUUCAAGUAAUUUUCAGGCAAGUGGUCAUUAUCUUUCAUUCACAAAUUUCAGAAGCAUUUUCACGCUUAGAGAUCCAGAGUCCACAAGCAAAGAAUAGACUGUAUCUAGAUGUUAAACACAUUCUUGGGUGUAUUCGGUCAUUGCCUUCCGAUGAUUUGAGCAAUUCUGGUACUCCAAACUGGGGGAAACUUGAUGAAUUUUUGGUGGAAAGAUUUGGAUCUGAAGCUGGCCAAUAGAUGUUAUUGUAAGUAGCAAAUUGAUUGGUUUUCUGGUGAAGGCUACCAGAUUUCAAUGGACCGUUUGGGGUUGUCAGAACCAAUUUUCAGACUACACAUUUGCCUUGUACAAUUACAUUAAUGAGGUUUCAAUUGCUUUAAGGUAGAUUUAUAAAUUACUUUUUCCCAUCCACAUGUUGCGGCAGGAAGGGUCUUCUAAGCAGAAGUUUUGUAAUGCUCACACUUCAUAUACAGUUUGUAAUGAUAGUUGUUUUGGGUAUUUUUUUUUUUUAAAAAAAUAUGUUUUCAUUCCCCUUGCUGUAGUUAUUAUGGGGUUAGAUGGAACAUAAUUGAUUUGUUGAUUUAGUGAACAAGCAACAAAGGUUGUUCCGGCGGCUGAGUUAUAUAUCUUUGUAACUUUACGCGCUUAGCUUACAGAUACUGUUUUGAAUCGUUGAUUGGAAUUUUUCCUUUCCGA